GUGUGUGUGUGUGUGUGUGUGAGAGAGAGAGAGAGAGAGAGAGAGACUGAGACUGCGACUGCGACUGCAUGUACUUCUGAGCGCUAAUUAAAAGACAAAGCUCCAGGAAGCUGAAGGAGAGAAGAGUAUGGGGUUAGGUUCGGGGAUGAGUCUGUGAGAGUUAGGUAGAGGAGUGUGUGUGAUGUUACUGGGGUAAAGGGGGGAGAGCAGGAGGAGGAGGAGGAGGAGGAGGAGAUCUGCAGUGAAACCCAGCAGAUAAGCUCGGCUUAAUUCCAGCUCAGGAGCGGCUCCGAGCUGUUACUGAAAAAAGGAAAUAAUUUGUGGUCAUUUUGUGGGACAUAUGGGAGAAUGAGCAGGACACGAAGCCUUCAUAUCGCCAGAAGCGGGACACAGAGGUCGAUUUUGCCCUUUUAAUCCAGCGGAUCAUUAGCAGAUCGAGUCAUCUCACCGAAAUAGUCCGGCUGUGUAAUGGGGAAGGAGGUGAACGGGGUGUCGAGGAGUCGCUUUGAGAUGUUCUCAAACAACGACGAGGCCAUCAUCAACAAGAAGCUGCCAAAGGAACUGCUAUUACGAAUUUUCUCCUUUCUGGACGUGGUCACCCUCUGUCGCUGCGCACAAGUGUCUCGGUCGUGGAACGUUCUGGCUCUAGAUGGCAGUAACUGGCAGCGCAUUGACCUCUUCGACUUUCAGAGGGACAUCGAGGGUCGUGUGGUAGAGAAUAUUUCAAAGCGAUGUGGAGGUUUCCUGAGGAAGCUCAGUCUCCGAGGCUGUUUAGGUGUGGGAGACAGCGCACUCAGAGCGUUUGCGCAGAACUGCAGAAACAUCGAGCUGCUCAGUCUGAACGGCUGCACAAAGAUCACAGACAGUACCUGUAACAGUCUGAGUAAAUUCUGUCCCAAACUGAAGCACUUGGAUCUUGCCUCCUGCACCUCCAUCACCAACCUGUCUCUCAAAGCACUCAGUGAGGGCUGUCCGAUGUUGGAGCAGCUGAACAUCUCGUGGUGUGAUCAGGUGACCAAAGACGGCAUCCAGGCUCUGGUCCGCUGUUGUCCGGGGCUGAAGGGCCUCUUCCUCAAAGGCUGCACACAGCUGGAAGACGAGGCUCUGAAACACAUCGGUGCUCACUGUCCAGAACUGGUCACUCUCAACCUACAGACAUGUUCACAGAUCACAGAUGAAGGCUUGAUAACGAUUUGUCGAGGUUGUCAUCGGCUGCAGUCUCUGUGUGUGUCCGGCUGCGCAAACAUCACAGACGCCAUUCUAAACGCUCUGGGACAGAACUGCCCUCGCCUCAGAAUAUUAGAGGUGGCUCGCUGUUCACAGCUCACAGACAUCGGCUUUACCACACUCGCACGGAAUUGUCAUGAGUUGGAGAAGAUGGAUCUGGAGGAGUGUGUGCAGAUCACAGACUCCACCCUCAUCCAGCUGUCCAUACACUGCCCUCGACUCCAGGUCCUCAGUCUGUCUCAUUGUGAGUUGAUUACUGAUGAUGGGAUUCGUCACCUGGGCAGUGGGCCUUGUGCUCACGACAGACUGGAAGUGAUUGAGCUGGACAACUGCCCGCUCAUCACAGACGCCUCGCUGGAGCACCUCAAAACCUGCCACUGCCUCGACCGCAUUGAGCUGUACGACUGCCAACAGAUCACACGCGCCGGGAUUAAGAGGCUCAGGACUCACUUGCCCAACAUUAAAGUCCACGCCUACUUUGCACCUGUGACUCCGCCGCCUUCAGUAGGAGGAAGUCGACAGAGGUUUUGCCGCUGCUGUAUCCUGCUAUGAUGUCACAGCCUCUGCCUCCUCGACCUUUGACCCUGAUUAUCCAGUAGCACAUGCUGGUGUAUCGCUUGGUAAAGCAAGCUUGGUAAAGAGAGAGAGAGCGAGAGAGAGAGAAAGAUAAAGAGACAGAGGUAUGCGCGCGCGAGUGUGUGUGUGUGUGUGUCUCCUUACAAAGUGUUAAGGUUUCUUUCUUUUCCUCCUAAAAUCCCCUGCACAUCUAAAAGUGUUUAUAAUUCUUAGAAGAAGCGCACACAGUGUUGUCAAGUUCUGCGCAGCGCCACCUUCAGUCAGAUAGAUACAGAGGGCGAGUCAGUAAGUGAGCAGUCGCUGAGUCGUGAGUCAUUUGGGACGUGGUUUGGUCAGGCGUGGGUCAGUUAGCGAAUCCAUCAGUUGAGCGAGCCAUGACUUGGAGAGUGAAUCAUAAAUUGUGAGUUAUUUGUCAAGUGAGUCACGAAUUGAAUAGUGAGUUGAGUCAGGGAGUCAGUGAGUCAGGCAAGGCUGAGUCAGGGAGUCUGUAGAACAUGAGUCUUGAGUGAGAUUCACCAGUUGUGAGUCAUUCAAUCUGAGUGAGUUUUAUAAACCAGUUACAGGAGUUCUAUGAAUCAGUCAGGUGAAUCGUGUGAAUCAACCUUCUGAAUCAGUCAGGGAAGUCAUAAGAAAGUUGGGUAUGUCAUGAGUCAGUCUGUUGAGUCAGAUGAGUUUGUCAAGUGAGUCAGUGAAUCACAUCUAAAUAUGUUAAUUAGAAAGCUGCCAAAUUUAUCCAAAUUUAUACUUAUUAAUUUCUAAUUAGGACAAAAGCUCUAACUGGACACACUUUAAAUCUUUAUAUGCCUGAAUGAAUGGACACAGACACACCCACACAUCUCUCUCUCUCUCUCUCUCUCUCUCUCUCUGAGGUUGGUCAUAUAGAGGAAGCUAAAUAUUUUUCUAAAGCAGUAAAAUAUGCCAAAAGCUGCAUGUUACAAAUCUAGUUUUUAUAAAAAAAAACCAACAAAACAAAAAACAAUCCAAAUGGUGGGUGGAGCCUAUACACAGGCAGCCAAUGAGGAAGCAGAAACAGAUAACUCAGCGGCAUCACAACCAGCCAGCCAAUCAGACUGGAUCGGAUUGCAAGAGGUACAUGGAACUUUGAGUGGGCGGGGCCUGCAUGCACAGCCAAAUAGAGAUAAGGAAGGAGUGAGUGGUGUCACAGCCGGCCAAUCAGAGGAGGACAGAGACGAUCAGUGACAUCAUACAUAGUGGAUUUAGAGUGUCCCACUUCACACACACACACACACACACACACACACACACUCUUUAAACAGAAUGAGAAAACAAACCGAACCAAUCAGAGAGUGUGUAUUAGUGUUGUCACUGUCUAUACAUUUUCUGUGCGUGUGUGUGUGUGUUAGUUCGAUUUACACACUUCAUCCAUGAAGCAGAAACUGGAUCCACACACACACUCUGGUUCAUCACUAGCCAUCUGGUUGAAGAAACAUCUCACACACACUCUCUCACGGUGUCUCUCUGUUAUACACGUCUGUCUGUCUGUCUGUCUGUCUCUCUCUCUCCCUCUCUCUCUCUCUCUCUCUCUCUCUCUCUCUCUCUCUCUUUGUCUUUCUGUCUGUUUGUAUAGAACACACUUGGGGGGUGUGUGUGUAUGUGUGUUGGGGCUGGUGUGAUAGUUAUUGCAAUUACAUUUGUUGUAAAUCUCUUCCCUUUUACUUUGUUUUUGUUUUCCUUUUUACGAUUAACUCCUAUAAAUAACUAAAAGAAUAAAUGAAUAUGUAUGUAUGAAUAAAUAUAUAACUAUAUUAUUAUUA